AUGUCGAAUCGACCACACAUCUCGAGACCCAUACCUGCUCCAUCGACAUCUUCGCUUCCGCCUCUUCCCCCGCCUCCGCCUCCACCAGCACCACCUCCGCCAACAGAGCCAGUGUCACAGCCAGAGUACCAGGCAUCGGAGCAGAUACCAUGGAUGGCCACACUUUCCCGGCCUCUGUCCGACAUUCGCGAGCUGAGCGAGCCAAGUCUCAUGGACAACAAGAUGUAUCGAGGAGGCGCAAAGGUCAGGCAUGGUCGAACAGAAUCUCAACAAGGAAGCUCAUCCAAGUGGAAUGAACCGCGCAACGACUCGCUACAGCGACAGCAAUCUCUCAAAGCGAUGGUCAAGAAGGUAACGAAGCUAUCGCCUGGAGGCCUGCAGCCGCCCGAUGGACCAUCGUCGUCGUAUAGCAGCACUCUGGAGCAGUCCAGCCUUUACACUAUCCCUCAAUCGAGCGUGCCUCGAAGAUCAUCCUCGCAGACCUACUCGCAGCCGCAACGGCAGCCCAAAUCGAUGAACAGAAACCCAUCUUUGCAGAAGAAGACUAAUGCGCCGGCGCUGGCAUCAAAUAAGGGGUUUUCGAUCCCGAACCAUGGAGCUAGCCAGUCGCCCGUGAAGGAAGCCGGUCUGAGGCUGGACCCUAUCACGGCAGAUAAAGCGAGGCGCAUACCAUCACAGACACAUGUUCGAAGCCCACAUCCGACAGAUAUCCUGGACUUUCCAUCAUACCGUCACCCGAGGGUCAAGCUGGAGUUGCAGAUUUCUGCGCCUGUUUUUGUUGGCGGUGGUAGCGUCGAAGGGUACGUGAGGGUGAUUGUGGAUGACAACCAGCAGGUAAAGAAACGGCACUCACUCGGAAUUGCUGCUCUCUCUGUGGACUUGCUUGGAUUUGAAGAGGUCGACGACAGCAGAAGGUCAACAUUCCUAGCGCUUGGCACAGAACUCAUCGACAGUAAUCACCCACCCCCUCCGAUUAUGGCACAGGCAUCCAGUGCGGUGUUCGUGGCUGACAAGUUUUGGUCGAUGCUACCAUCCUGCUCGGCUUUACCAUUCAUGAUCAGUCUACCCCUGGACACUGGCAAUCCGACAUUCCAGUCUAAACAUGCUAGCAUCCGCUUUCUAUUAUCGACGACAGCGCUGAUCAAAGAUUCAAACAAGCACUAUCGAGUCAGGACGUCCCAGGAUAUCAACGUAAUACCGACCUACGAUCCAGAAAGAGCACUCAUGUCACUCCCAAGUCCGCUGACAGCGUCGGAUGAAGUCAAUAUACCACGAAGCGCUGGGGCAGAGAGCGUGAAGCUCACCGCCGGGCUGCACAGGCAAGUAUGGGUCAGUGGGAGCAGCAUCUUUGUCGAUGUGCACAUUGCAAAUAAACAUCGAAAGCCAAUCAAAAGGCUGGAGCUCACUCUUGAACGCGACAUUCUCAGCUACAGGCACGCUGCACCUGCUGCUUACGGUAGACUGGCCAGCCAAGAUCGCAUUUUCGAUGACAAAGAACGGACAGUUCUGGCGAGGUCAACCUUCAAGGCCGGCACUGUUGGUUGGCAUGGAGUCGAGGCCCAUACAUCUGAUACUAGGACAUGCGAACUGGAGCUUCCACGUGGACACGCCAACAUUCGAUGUGGGAAAUACUUUGAAGUGCGCUACUUCUUGAAUAUCGCAGCAUCACUGUCGACUGCUAAGUCGAUCUCAGUACAGCUCCCGAUUGUGCUCAUCCACAUGAACUCUCUGGAUGUUGUGCCGAAUUCAGUUGCACAGGUGGCUGCUGCCAUAGAGGAGAAGCGAGUCCACCGGAGACUGAGCGGCUCUAGACCUCGCAAGGAUGGCGUACACUCCAGACAGCGGUCGCUAUCAUCACCAGCUCGAACGACUGACGUUGGACAUCAGCACUCGUACGCACAAGGUCGAGCUUUCGCCGCACCCCGCCAGCAGUCACUGGAUAGACAGAAAGAAUACCGAGCCGAGAUGGAUGACAUCCGACACGUGCUCGACAAAUCACCGCGGAAGCACCCACCACAGUCCAAGCAAGCUUUCUCCAUCAGGAAGAUGACAAGUGAUCUAAGUCUUCUCUCCCUACGGCUCGCGGAAUUGAGUGCCGACACUUUAGGAGUGUUUGGCGACAUUUCUUACCAGACACCUCCUACAAACCGCGGUGGCCACAACUUUGAAGAGGCGCCAGGCCUACGAGAUCGAUUGAAGCGAAUCGGUAGCCUGGACUCUGUCCGCAGCAAAAAGUCCGCGUUGGCCGAGAGAGCUAAGAGGUUCAAUGACCAGAACAUCAAACCAAAGCUGGCAAUGGCGAAUCAGUCGAAUCUUGCACCACAUGCGCUUGGCCUCACAACAAGUACUCGACAGGUCAGCUCAGACAUGCCUAGCGAGCGCUCCACAUCUGCGUUGAGCUUCCGUGACAAGCUCGAUCGUAGUCGAUUCGAGUUUCAAGCUGUUCGAAGGAAGGCGAGUGGGAAUUUGAAGCAGAGGAGUGUCGAGUGGUUGGAGCAGAAGUUGCCGAACGGUGGUGGUAGGAGGGAUGUCGGGGCUGUGGGAUGGAUUUGA